AUGGCAGAAGCAGAGACCGAAGGAGCUGGUGUGAAGCGCGUUGGGUCCAGCAUGGAGAGUCUCCGGCGCAAAAAAUUCAAGCUGUCAGAGCUGCCCAUUUCCACGGCUCAGCGGACUACGAUAGAAAAUCUGUUAUAUUCUUUCAAGAAGAAAGGGGGCUUUGAUGCUGUCCGGAAAGAAGUUUGGGCCAAAUUCAAUGAUAGCGAUGCUAAGAACUCAUUUACAGCGUCGUUAAUUGAAAUGGCCGAGUCGGAAAUCGAACGUGACCCGUCCUUACUAUCCCGCGAGAGAGGGAAGGCUGCUACCCUAAUAUCUGGAGCCGUUGACCGCAGUGACCUACAUUCGGGGAUAGAAGAAACAGUCGACGCAAUAAUAUCCAACCAUAUUGAUGAGAUUCUAGCCUCUCUACGCAAAAUUCGCGCUCAAGACAUUGGCCAGGAAGCAGCAAAUGCCGAAAUAGCCAAGGGGCUUACCACAGAUGCUGAGUACGAGAAGCAGGUUCAAGCUAAAAGAGAUGAGCGUGAGAAAAUUAGACAGAAAGAACUAGAGAUUGAAAGGAAAGCGGAGGAAGAAAGAAAGAAAGCUGAAGCCGAAGAGAAACGGCGCCAACGUGAGUUACGAAAGCAAAGGGAGGAAGAAGACCGGAAACGACGAGAGGAACGAGAGCAAAAGCGGCGGGCGGAAAGGGAAAAGCAACGCGAGGAAGAUAGGUUGCGAGAAGAACGGCGAGAACGAGAGCGGGAGGAACGAUAUGAACGAAGAAGGCGAGAGGAGAAAGAACGCUACCGGGAACGAGAACGGGAACGGGAGCGUGACUAUGACAGAGACAAAAAUAGACGAUCAGAUCUUGACCGCGGAAGAGACGGGAGUGGUACGCCACGAGAUACAUCCAGGGCGCAUAAGACUCCAGCUCCCCCUGUGGAUGAGAAAGCGCUGGAAGAUGCAGCCCUUGAACUGCUGCUAAAAGAAGGAAAAGAGCUUGCUGCUAAGUCCCGACAAAAGCCGGAGUUCGACUUUGAGCAGGCCGAAGCCCUGGAGAAUGGCCAAGUUCUACAGCCUGCUAAUACUACCACUCGAAUCGCCGGCGUGGCCGCAGCAGGUCCAGAAGCAGAACUAGAACAAGGAGGUCCUCAAGGCAUGAUGACAGAUAUCGAGAUGCCGACUCAGAUAGGAGAGAGCCAGAAAGGCGGCCUCGUGAUUUUGAUGUAUACCGGCCUGGAGAACGAGACAGACGAGACCGGGACGACCAUUCUGUUCGUGCUAGGUCUCGACGACGGAGCAGGACUCGGAGCCGGAGCAGAGUUCUAG